AUAGCUUCAUUAAAACGCGCAAAUUCCAUAAAUUCGCCAACAUUUAAUAAUGCUUUUUAAUUAGAAGCAACAAAAUGUCCAUGGCUAAAUACCUGAACCGUUCCGUGGGCAAAGCUGGCAAAGAUGCGGCUGCGAGGAUCUGCACCCUGAAACCCACGGAACCAGAGCAUCAAGUGAUUCAUCUAUCCGCGGGCGAGAAUUUCGUGGGACGCAGCCGGGAAACCGGAAUCCGGGACUCAAAGUGCUCCAAGCGACAAAUCGAACUGCAGGUGGACAUGAAGAAGGCCGUAGUCGCCCUGAAAGUCCUGGGAGUGAAUCCUUGCGGCGUCAAUGGCGUGAUGGUGAUGCAGGACACGGAAUGUAAGCUCAAUCACGGCGAUCUGGUGGAGAUCGUCUAUGGCAGACAUCCCUUUGAGGUGGUUUUUAGUCCUCCACCAACGGAUGACAACGAGAAAGCUGCUCCAUCGCCCACUUCUGCGUCUAUUACCGAGAAAACCGAGAAAUGGGACUCCGCUGGCAAUGGAAAACUAGUAAUUUUUACCAGCGCCGGGGUAAGAGCAUCUGAAAAGAUAGCCGGCUACGAUAUGGAUGGCACCAUCAUUAAAACCAAAUCGGGAUUAGUUUUCCCCAAAAACACCGACGACUGGCAGAUCAUCUUUCCCGAAGUACCAGAGAAAUUGAAGAGUCUUCACAAAGAAGGGUUCAAGAUUUGUUUCUUCACUAACCAAGGAGGCAUAGCACGAGGAAAAAUCAGCCUUGAUGACUUUAAGGUAAAGAUCAAGCAAAUUGUGGCUAAACUAGGAGUUCCCAUUCAGGUAUUCAUAGCCAUUGGAGAUGGUUUCUACCGCAAACCGCUGACUGGAAUGUGGCAGCAUCUUCGAAACGAAAUGAACGACGGCCUGGAUAUCCAGGAGGACCGCUGUUUCUUUGUGGGCGAUGCAGCUGGAAGACCGGAGACGGGCAAGGGAGCCACUAAGCAGCGCAAGGAUCACUCUCUAGCCGACAGACUCUUUGCCGCCAACAUUGGGCUUUCUUUCUACACUCCUGAGGUCCAUUUUCUGGGCAAACGAGUGGAGCAGUGGAACAAGCCGGACUUCGAUCCCACUGCCGUACAUGACAAGUUGUCUCUGCUCGAUCCAGAUGAUCUAACCUUCGAGGGCCACUCCUGUGAAAUGGUCAUCAUGGUAGGGCUGCCGGGUUCCGGCAAAAGUCACUUUUGCGCUGCCUUUUUUCAAUCACGAGGCUACAAAAUCGUCAAUGCGGACACCUUGGGAAGCACUCAAAAUUGCCUAACUGCCUGCAAACGCUUCCUUGACUCGGGAAAUUCCUGUGUGGUUGACAAUACCAAUGUGGAUUCGGCAUCCCGCAAGAAAUUCCUGCAAGUAGCCAGCGAAAUGAAGAUUCCCUGCCGCUGUCUUGUGAUGAACUUGCCUGUAGCUCAGGUUAAGCAUAACAUUGCUUUCCGCGAGUUAUCCGACACCAACCACUCCAAGAUCAAGGAUAUGGUCUUCAACAUGAUGAAGAAGAAGUACCAGGAACCAACAUUAGAUGAAGGGUUCAAGUCCAUUCACAAAGUGAACUUUAAGCCGGAGUUUGCCGACGAAAAGCAGGAGAAACUAUAUAAAAUGUACUUGUUGGAGAAGUAAUGAAAGUUGUAUUUAAUCCAACGUGAAUAUACGCUUGGCUAUGUCGUCUAUCAACCAAUCCAUAGAGCUGAGAAGCUUCUCCCCGGUCACCGCGCUAACUCCGGCCACCAACCAAUGAUGCGUGGUGAUCUCCUCCAAAUGUAGUAUCUUAAAGGAUUAAGGAUAUUAAAUAUGAUUUAAAAUCUCAAAACCAAAAA